AUGGGCGAGUCGUGGACGGCGAAUAGCUCCUCGGCCAUGGCGAUACGCCUGGUGGAUUCACCACACGGCACCGAUGCUGCCUUCCACCCGUCGUUCACCUAUCCAAUCUACGGCGAGGCAGAGACGAUCUACGGCUACCAGGGACUCGUGCUCAACCUUGACGUGGCGUCGGGCAGUCUGGUGCCCAAGUUCGAGGUCAAGUACCGCGCCAAGAACGAGGCGACGACGGCCAAGCUCGACGAUGUCGAGGGGAUCAUCAAGCCUUUCCUGCCGGCCGACUACAUCUCGGCGUCGUCGUCUUCGUCUGCAAGCCAAGAGUUUGCAGCGGCACUGGAGAAGAGCUCGAGCUUCCGACCGCUGGGCGACAAGGUGCACAGCUACACGCGGCGCAAGGUGAACAAGGACAAGGGCAAGUCGGGCGGAGCGGCGUCCGCUGCGGCCUCGAUGCUGGCCGAGGACGAUCCGGAGGCGCGCGUGUUUGAGAUCUAUCGCGCCACGUGGGACACGCCUGGGUUCCGCGAGUACCACCGCCGCAUGCAGCUGUUUGUGCUGCUGUUCAUCGAAGGCGCGAGCUACAUUCAGGAGGACGAGACCAACUGGGAGUUCUUCACGCUGUACGAAAAGGUGCGCGGCGCGGGCGGCGCCGACGAUGACGCGACAUGGCACUUCAUGGGCUACACGAGCCUGUACAAGUUUUGGUGCUGGCCCGACUCGUCGCGCGUGCGUCUGUCGCAGUUUGUGGUGCUGCCGCCGUACCAGAAGCAGGGCCACGGCGGUGCGCUGUAUACGACGGUGUACGAUCAGAUCCGCAAACGCAGCAGCGUUUCCGAGCUCACGGUGGAGGACCCGUCGGAGGACUUUGACCGCCUGCGCGAUGGCAACGACCUGCGACGCCUGCUGGCGCCAGGCGGCUUUGUGGAAACCGCCAAGAAGCAAGGCAAGCUGCAUGCGCCGCUGGACGCCGAGUGGAUCGAGGCGCAGCGGCUGGAGCACAAGCUGGCGCCGCGCCAGUGGGCGCGCGUGCUGGAGAUGGUGCAGCUCAUGAACCUCGACACGGGCGAUGCCGAGCAGAUCCGACACUACCGCCUGCAGGUCAAGGCGCGCAUCUACCGCCAGAACAAGGACAUCCUCAUCCAGCUCGACAAGACACAGCAGCGCGCUAAGUUGCAGGAGACGUUCGAGGGCGUCAUCGACGAGUACGGCGACAUGGUCGGCGUCGACAUCGAGCCCAUCCUCGACGCAGGGCCGAGCUUUGCGGGCCUCCACGGCGUCGAUGAGGAGGACGACGAUGAGGAGGAGGACGGCCACUACGAGAACGGCAACGGCCCGCCACGAAAGAUGGCACGCUUCGCAUAG